GUCUCUCCGUGUGAUGUGUUAAAACAGUAAACUUCAGGCUGCUCAUUAAUUCACUCAACUACCACAAGGAAAUUCAACUCACACACCUGUUAUAACCUGUGCUUCCUCUAUGUAAAGGAGGUAACAUCGCCUCCUCCAUCUGUCGAACGUUGUCCCUCAUUAUCUGCUGAGGAAAUUCAAUGUUCAAGACCUUAAUUGUCGGUGUGUCAGUCACAGGUCAGGACAGUAUACUGGAGCCGCUGUGUUUUCCAGAGCAGCCCGCCGACAGCUCCAGUGCUCCCAGUCUGCAGCGUCCCGGUGCAGAGCUGCUGGUGUGUCUGUUCUGCUCCGAGUCCGUCCCUCUGCUGCAGAAAGACGUCCUCCUCAAACACCUGCUGCUGGAGCACAAGAUGGUCAUCGCCGACGUCAAACUCGUCGCAGACCUCCCAAAGUACAUGUUGUACUGGAAAGGCAGAUUCCUGGAGCAACCUGUCACGGAUUUCUGCAGCGUGAUCAAAACAAACUCCACCGGCCCGGUCGAGAAACAAGAGGACUACUUCCUUCUGUGUGACGUCCUUCCCGAGGACCGAAUCCUCCGAGAGAAGCUGCAGCAGAAACGCCUGGAGGAGGUGCUGGAGCAGCAGCAGAAGGAGAGAGACGACAUCAGCUUCCAUCGUCUCUGCAUGUUCUGCAGUGAGGAGUUCACUGGAAACAGGUCGUCUCUGCUGAACCACAUGGCCAGGGAACAUUCCUUCAGCAUCGGACUGCCGGACAACAUCGUCUACUGCGACGAGUUCCUGGACACUCUGCAGAGCAAACUGGACAAUCUGCAGUGUUUGUACUGUGAGAAGACGUUUCGAGAUAAAACCACAUUGAAGGAUCACAUGAGGAAAAAAGCCCACCGUCGCAUCAACGCCAACAACUGUGAAUACGACCGCUUCUAUGUCAUCAACUACCUGGAGUUGGGGAAGACCUGGGAAGAGGUGCAGAGCGAAGAUGACCGUGAGCUGGUCGAUGAUGAGGAUGAUGAUUGGUCGGACUGGCAGGCUCAUCCAGUGUUUGCUGUGUGUUUGUUCUGUGAUCAUCAGUCAGAGACGAUGGACCAGAUCUACAAACACAUGAAGGAGGCUCAUGGCUUCGAUCUCCAUAAGCUGAGGACAGAACUCAAUCUCAGGUUCUACCAGCAGGUCAAACUGGUGAACUUCAUCCGGCGGCAGGUCCACCAGAGCCGCUGCUACGGCUGCCAGGAGAAAUUUGACUCCAGAGCCACCGCCCUGCGUCACAUCAUGGCUGAAGGUCAUGUGAUGAAGCUGCCAGACAUGUCAACCUGGGACCAACCGCAGUAUUACUUCCCCACAUAUGAGAACGACGCCCUCUUGUGUACACUAUCUGACAGCGACGAAGGCGAAAGCGACGAGACAAAUCGCGGCGAGGACGUCCCGGUAAUCGCAGAGGACAUCUCCAACCUCAGAGCACUGAAACAGACCAGCGUCCUCAGCCAGCUGCUGAAGAACAGAAGCUCCUCCAGCUAGGCCGAUGGACGGACAGUCCUGGGAAACGGAAACAGGAUGGUUGGACUUCUUUGUGUUUUCAGACUGAUCGCCCUCCGUCCAAGCACUUUACAAGCUGUCAGAAGCCUUUUCAGAGGUGCAGACUCGGCUGCACUUAAAUGACGGUGAGCAGCUCGACCUUUACUUGCUACAAAUUUCCACUCAAGCAAUAAAGAAGAAUUUAAACAUA